CCCGUGCACACCUCUCAUCCAUAUGCUGCCUAUAGCAUAUAGCGGCAACUCUCAGAGGAAAGUGCCAUCGUCAGGGCUUUCCAUUGACUGUAAAAUGCUUACAAGCACUGCGGGGAGAGUUUUCUGGUGCUAUGCGAUGACCCUGCGGCUUUGGCACAGACAAACUCUGAUGACGGAGUGUUUCUAUUGUAUGCCAACCCCUCUACGUUCCCCUUGCCAGCGUAUAAAAGUUAGAUCACUGGUGAGAGCCAGGCAUCCCAGCACGGCACAGCUGUACUCAAGCAGACGUUCUUGAACCCCUUCAUCAUGUCUCACACCAAGUCCUCCAACCACGGCACCGAUGCCAAAGAUAAGGGUCCUGGUCCCGCUGCCACCAGCAAGAUUUCCAAGAUUGGAGAUCCUGGAAUGAUGGGUAACUACAAAAUCUUCCUGUUCGACCAGGAGAAUUUUCAGGGUAGGAUGAUGGAGGUCCAGAAUGAGUGCAUGAAUGUUUCUGAACGUGGAAUGGACAGAGUUCGCAGUAUCAUUGUUGAGUGCGGCCCCUUUGUUGCCUUCGAGCAGUCUAACUUCCGUGGUGAGAUGUUCAUCCUGGAGAAGGGAGAGUAUCCUCGCUGGGACACCUGGUCAAACAGCUACCGCAGUGAUUGUCUCAUGUCCUUCAGACCCAUCCGCAUGGAUCCAAUGGAACACAAGAUCUGCAUGCAUGAGCUGUCCGACUUCCAGGGCAACAAGAUGGAGAUCCAGGAGGAUGAUGUUCCUACCCUGUGGGCGCAUGGCUUCUGCGACAGAGUGGGCAGCGUGAAGGUCUACGGUGGAGCUUGGGUGGGAUACCAGUACCCUGGCUACAGAGGAUACCAGUAUCUGUUCGAGUCUGGUGACUACAGACACUACAAUGAGUUUUGCGCCUUCCAGCCUCAGAUUCAGUCCAUGCGUCGUGUGAGGGACAUGCAGUUCCACCAGCGCGGCUGCUUUAAUCUGACCACCGCUAAACAGUGAUCAAAGCCCACUGCGGCCUUGUAGCAUAGCAACUAGCCUUCUCAUGGCACUUUUUAUCCCUGUUCCUUCCUCCCCUUUCUUAGGAUUCUUCCCUCAGAAUAGAUUCAUAUCAAUCUCACUUUUUAUGAUGCCAAUAAUAAACAUGUUUUGGAAAAACAAAAGCUAAAUGAU